AAUCAAAGAAAAAAUUCGAAAAACGGCAUUGGCAAACUUCGCCACCAGUACCCCUGUUGUCUUCACAUGAUGGGCAUCAUCCAGCGAUUACCGGAAGAUGUUGUGAAUCGAAUAGCUGCUGGCGAGGUGGUCGUGAGACCUGCGAAUGCGGUAAAAGAGUUGAUUGAGAACAGUCUGGAUGCCGGAGCCACAGAAAUAACCGUCACAGUCAAAGAAGGUGGAUUGGGACUUUUGCAAGUACAGGACAACGGCAAAGGAAUCCACAAAGAUGAUUUGGACAUUGUCUGCGAGAGAUUUACUACAUCCAAGUUGCACAAAUUUGAGGACUUGCAGUCCAUGCAGACCUACGGCUUUCGAGGCGAAGCUUUAUCGUCCAUAAGUCAUGUCGCAAAGGUAACGAUAACUUCGAAACCAGCCGACCAACAAUGCGCAUACCAAGCAAAAUAUAUAGAUGGAAAGCCGGAAUCCAUAAAGGCAUCGGCAGGCUUGAAUGGGACUUGUAUAGCUGCCGAAGAUCUCUUUUAUAAUUGUCCGAACAGGAGGAAAGCUUUUCGAAACUACGCUGACGAGGCUAAUCGAAUAGCUGAUGUUGUUAUGCGAUAUGCUGUUCAUCGACCAGAUAUAUCGUUUGCCAUGCGACGUGGUGGCACUGGAGCCGAUUUUCGGACAAGUGGACGAUGUUCAAGAGCUGAAAUCAUAUGUUCCUUAUUGGGGAAGGAAUGUGGUGAGAAUAUGAUCGACUUCGGUCAUGUUUCGCAGCGGCUACACUACAGCUGCGAUGUGUGCAUGACUCCACCAGUAUCCUCUGUCACUGCCCGAAGCGUUCAGGCUAAGAAGAAGCGCCACAAGUCGUUCUUUAUCUUUAUCAAUGGCCGCCUCGUUCAUUGCCAACCACUCAAAUAUGCUGUAGACACGUUACUCAGUGACCGUGAUUUAGUCUGCCCUUUUGCGCUGAUCUCUCUGAAAAUUGAUCCUGCAAGAGUUGACGUGAAUGUACAUCCAACUAAACAGACAGUUGUGUUUCUUGAAGAAGAAGCAAUCAUUGAAGAUUUGCAGGAGGAAAUCAAACGCAAGUUAGAGAACAUUUUUGGCAAAGAAAUUGCACCUCGAAGUUUGAGCAAGAAGCACCAACUGCUGACACCGACUCAGAUUUCGAGAAUUCCUGGGCAAACUCAGGGACCAAGUUCCCUCGCCAUGUUGGGCAACGACUCCGACUGUGUUAUGGAAGAGGUGCAAAGCCCUAGUGCGCCAAAAAAACAAGCUGACUAUACAUUAGUUCGAGUUGACAAGAAGGAAAGACGGCUGGAUGAAUUUAUGUCAACAACGAAGUCGGCUCAACCAUCCACAUCGGUCGAGGUGGUGCAGGUUGCAGGAAGCCAACAGGAGGAUAGUGUGCAGAAUGAAACUGUGAACGGUAAGCCUCGACGUGUGUUCAAGUUUGAAUCUCUCAGUAACUUACGAAGAAAAAUUUGUGAUAGCGCCUCACAGCCACUGAGAGAACUCUUCAAGAGUCUGACUUAUGUCGGAUGCGUAUCGACAAAGGCUAUGCUCUUGCAAUUUGGAACAAGCCUUUAUGUCAUUGAUCUAGAAAGAGUAUUGAGGGAGCUGUUUUAUCAGACGUUGAUAUUUUCGUUUGGAAACUUCGGGUCCUUUAAGUUGGGAGAAGAAGGGGCUAACAUAGCCGAACUACUGGAACUAGCUGGUUUGGAAAGAGAAAGUCUGAAUGGAGCCUUGCAACUUCUGGAGGAGCAAGCUGCUAUGUUGAAUGACUACUUUUCUCUGCAAAUAGCUCGACCACUAGGUACACAAUCGGGUGAUGAAGGGUUGAGAGAACUGACAUUGCUUACCGUCCCUUCUGUCAUCGAUGGCUAUAUGCCACAAAUGGAAGGAUUACCGGCAUUGAUGUUGGCACUUGUAAAAAACGUAAAUUGGGAAGAGGAAGAAGCAUGUUUUCAUGAUGUUAGUCGUGCACUUGCUGAAUUUUUUGUUAUGAAGGAAGAAUUUUGCCAGGACGAAGCUUUGUCAGGUUUGGAAGGAGGCAAAGUGUCAUGGAUAUCCCUCGUCCGAGAUGUGCUUAUUCCACGGGUAAAAUCACAUCUGGUGCCUUCAGAUACUCUCAGGGAUGGUAUCAAGCGCCUGGCUGACUUGCACGAUCUCUACAAAGUGUUUGAGCGUUGUUGA